AUUUUUAUGACCCUGUUACACAAGUCAUCUAGACAAACACUAGGGCAUAACUAUCGUCCUGAGCACCAAAUAAUAAGCAUAAUCUGAAUAGAAAUGCUCUCCUUUUCCUUCUGCUUUUCCCUUUUCUCCUUCAUACCUCAGAGAUUAAGCCUGUUUGGGGAACCGUCAGCAAAUUCUGAGUGAUAAUUUGACAAUAAUUUGACAGUAGUCUUAAGUCAUCAAUCAAAACCCUGUUUAUGCUCUUUUCAGCAAAACAUAUGCUGACCCAAAACUAUUUUAGCAGUCACACUCUGUUUUGAUCUUGUAGUAGUCUCUAGCCCUUACGCUCAACACAAGUGUGCCAAAAUGUUGCAGAUGCUCAGACUAACUGCCCAGAAUGCAGACCGAAGAGGGCUGGGCAGGCGUUGUGAGGAACACCCCCUUACCCAGGGCCGACGACCACCUACUGAGCCGAAAGCAACUGGACACAGAGAGAAGUGUGCCUCAGACUCAGGACUCGGGCGAGAGUUGUGGCUACAAAAAGCUCGCCAAGGUCAUCAUCUUCCUGGCCCACAACCUCAUGGGUCUGAAACAGGAGGUAAAUGAUCUCAAGCAACAGAUCACAGCGGUAGCCCACAAGGAGCCCAGCAAAAUGGAGUUACAGGAGGAAAUCAAUAGAUUUAAAAAGGCUCUGACAGCUGCUGAACAGCAAGAGCACCUGGAAAAGGUAGCCAGAAAUGACCUGGAAAGGAAACACCCACACAAAAUUACUAUUAAAGCAGCAAAUUCUGAGCUCUUAGACAAAGUCGCCAGAACUGAGACUCUGAUCCAGCAGCUGAACAACACUCAAGACAAGCUUGACAUGUUCCGAAGAGAACUCAGGGACUCCUAUAGGCUGCGAAAGGAAACGCAGUGGGAGAGACACCCUACUCCUGCAUCCUCACUCAGCAGUGCAAACUCCCCCAGGUGCACCAAGCUACGAAGGGGGGAGCCAACACUUUCUGCUUAACAACUCAGCAGACAGAACCAUAAUACCUCAAGCAACCACAGGGAAGCAUCCCUGCAGCAGCGCAUGAUGCGACCCCCAGAGACCUUGACAAGCUAGCCAGAAAACUCCCAGCAUUCACAUGGCCAGGAAAAUAAUAGUUCCUACUUUAUGCAGGACGAGCAGUAAUUUAGAACGGUGGCGUCGUUUUAAACAUUGCUUGCAAGCAGACCCAAUAAUCAAUCUUAUGUGUCUGUUUCAUAAGUUUUAGUAACUUCUUCUCCAUGCGCAUACCAGUUCCUGAUCAAAACCAGAUAAAAUUAUAGUUUGAAUGCACCUUCCUACAAGCAGUAAGAAGUUUUCAGUGCUAUAAUGUGUUUAAAUCGUACGAUAAGAAACUAACCUGAUUUUAGCGAAGAAAUCCUAAUUUCUGUUGUUAGUGGAGCAUAGGUCUUUUCUGACGACGUAAUCUCAGAUUAGCAGCUCAUAUAAAUGGUACCAGAAUAAAUCGGUCUGAUCUUGGGCGAAGAAAUCCCCUUUUUCAGCACUGUGUAGGUGAUCUGAGCGAUGCUCCUCAUUUCACUGAUUUAAGGCCUUAUUAUGUGUUAUAUAGCUUG